CUUGGCAAAGUCAGGACUUCACAAACUUUCAUAAAUAGGGGCCAGGGAACUUCUGCUUUCCGUGGGGCGUACGGAGCAACAUCAAAGGAUGGGGGCCAUGAGGCCAGCACUGGCCUUGCUGUCCCUGGCCUACGUGCUGCACACAGCCGCCACCCUGAGAAUCUGCGCUUUCAACAUCAGGACUUUUGGAGACAGCAAGCUGUCCAAUGAGACCAUUGCAGGCAUCAUCGUGAACAUUGUGCAGACAUACGACAUCGCUGUGGUGCAGGAGGUCCGUGACUCUGAUCAGAGUGCCAUCAGGAAACUGAUGGACCAGCUCAACAGGGCAUCUCUGCAGCCAUACAGCUACGUGGUCAGCGAGCCCCUGGGCCAGACCUCCUACAAGGAGCAGUACCUCUUCAUUUACAGGACGGAUAUGGUGUCGGUGGUGGACAGUUACUACUAUGAUGAUGGCUGUGAGCCCUGCGGGAACGACACCUUCAGCAGGGAGCCCUUCAUCGUGAAGUUCUCCUCCCCCUACACAGAGGUGCAGGAGUUUGUCCUGGUGCCCCUGCAUACACCCCCCAGCGAGGCUGUGGCAGAGAUCGACGCCCUCUACGAUGUCUACUUAGAUGUCAUUGACAAGUGGGGGACUGACAACAUCCUUUUCCUGGGAGACUUCAACGCCGACUGCUCCUACGUUGGGCCACAGGACUGGCCUUCAAUCCGCCUGCGAACCAGCGACGCCUUCCAGUGGCUCAUCCCGGACAGUGCAGACACCACCGUGUCGUACACAGACUGCGCCUACGACCGGAUCGUGGCGAGUGGCUCUGAGCUGCAGCGCUGUAUGGUGGCCAGAUCUGCCAAGGUCAACAACUUCCAGGAGACUUUCCACCUGCAGCGCGAGGAUGCCCUUGCCGUCAGCGACCAUUUCCCGGUGGAAGUGACUCUGAGGGCUCGCUGAGGCUCACCUGCUCCUGCCUUGCUCCAUCCCCUGCUAAGCCAGGAGAAGUAGCUACCAGCAAAGCAACUUCUACCACAUUCAUAGUCCCUUUGGCUGCUGCUGGCUGCAGCACCAACGCCUUCAGACGAGCUCCCAAGACUGAACCUCAGCAUCUACGAUUAUAGCCAAAUACCAGCCUCCUGGCAUCUACCUGCUGCUCCUGGCACAUCCUCAUGGCUGGUCACAAACCCAUCUCUCUAGGUGCUGCAUCGAAUGGCCCACCAGUGUCACUUACUGGGUACUUGGAUAACUGGCACAUCCAUGCCAUGCCAUUGGGAGAUUCGUUCAUGCAAUGUAGUUAGUAAGCUUUGAAAUCUUUGGUCUCGGGGCAUCCUGGAGUGUUAUGCUGGGCAACAGGGCUGGGGGGGAGCUGAUUUUGUGGCCAAUGGGUAUGUGCAAUUGUCAAGGCUCCUUCCCCUCUCUGAACUUUAGGAUACAGAUGUGGGGGCCUGCAUGAAAACUUCUAAGCUUAACUACCAGCUUAGAUCUGGUUCGCUGCCACCACUCCCAAUGUGCUAAUUCCCUUCCCUGGGUAGCCUUGAGAGACUCUUCACCAAUUCCCUGGUGAAUACAGAUCCAAGCCCCUUGGAUCUUAAAACAAGGAGAAAUUAACCAUCCCCCCUCCUUUCUCCCACCAACUCCUGGUGGAUCAAGAUCCAACCCCCUUGGAUCUAAAAACAAGGAAAAAUCAAUCAGGUUCUUAAAAAGAAGGCUUUUAAUUAAAGAAAAAGGUAAAAAUCAUCUCUGUAAAAUCAGGAUGGAAAAUAACUUUACAGGGUAAUCAAACUUAAAGAGCCCAGAGGACCCCCCUCUAGCCUUAGGUUCAAAGUUACAGCAAACAGAGAUAAACACCCUAGUAAAAGGUACAUUUACAAGUUGAGAAAACAAAGAUAAAACUACCACGCCUUGCCUGGCUGUACUUACAAGUUUGAAAUAUGAGAGACUUGUUCAGAAAGAUUUGGAGAGCCUGGAUUGAUGUCUUAGUCCCAAGAGCAAACUCCACCAAAACAAAGAGCACAAACAAAAGCCUUCCCCCCACCAAGAUUUGUAAGUAUCUUGUCCCUUUAUUGGUCCUUUGGGUCAGGUGUCAGCCAGGUUACCUGAGCUUCUUAACCCUUUACAAGUAAAAGGAUUUUGGUGUCUCUGGCCAGGAGGGAUUAUAGUAUGGUACACAGGAGGGCUGUUACCCUUCCCUUUAUAGUUAUGACAGCAAUUAACAUAGAAUGAAUGAGGAGCAGUUUUAUAAAUGCUUGAUUGGCUAGAGGUCAACUCUCAAGUCGCGUGAUAUCUGCUGUUUUUCAUAAAGCCCUAGCUCUUGGAGUCAUGUGA